AUGGAUUAAUAGAAUUCUUUAAUGAAAUUCAAUAAGAUGUUAUUGACAUAACGUCAGUAGAUAAAACAGUUUGGUAGCGGUAAUAUUUAAAAAAAAAUUCGUUGUCUCGUCAGGAUGAACGCAAAUAACUAUAAAACUAAGGUUAUGAAGAGUGCGCGCCGUGGACAUCAAGAUGGCCGCUACGUACAUCUGAUGAUAGUUAUACGUAUUCGUAAAAAUCGUGACGGCGUUUCGUGAUAGAGGUGCCGCGCUUUUUCGAGGCUUCGAGAUGGUUAGAGUGUAUAGUUAGUUGGAUCUUUAUCGAUGAGGAUUUGUUCGUUUACCCUCAAUGGUAUUUUCUGCAUCCGCGGCCGGCUACGGCUCGCAUUGAACCAUGUUCGGUAAAAAACUUCAUGUAGACGUCAAAAAGUCAACACUCAAAGUUCAGGAUGUUAAAAAGGACAGUGCGACCCGAUUUAAACAUCUUAAAAUUGUCCUAGAAAAUGUUGAUACGGACGAAGCAAAAGGCUUUUUUGAAGGAAAUUUUAGUCAUGUUUAUUUUAUAUUAUAUGACUGCUUUGUGUCGGCUGAGGCCAAUCUACGACAGCGUGAACUUUCCUUUCAUAUCGUACACAAGGCACAUAGAGAAGAAUUAGAGCAAGUAUUACAUCUAUUAGAAAAAGUUUUAACUCUUCUUCCUGAACUCUUAAAUAGACGAUGGCAAUGUCAUAGUCUUGCAAGAAUUCUACAAAAGUUAUUACAUCCUGGAAAUAGUUGGAAACUUCGUAGGCAGGCCAUAAGGUAUUUUAUUUUAUGGUAUCAAGCACUGGGUGAAAAUGCUCCUGAACAUAUCCAUCAAAUGUUUGCCUGUUUGGUCCCAGGCUUUCCACCACCACAAUCUUUGCACUAUAAGUGUGAACGUAAAAUUGAUAACAAAAAAGAUAAAUCAACGAGAACAAGCACAUCUGAUGAGAAAGAGAAAAGAGACUUUUAUGAUGCACAAGUGAUACAGAGUAUUUUUCAUGAUAAUGGUUCAAAUCAGGGUCCGAUAAGUCAGGUAGAUGGUGGACCUAUUUUACCUCCACAAGGAGGAGAAAAGCCAUUAGACAAUGAGACUGUUAGAUUUUUAGAAGCAUUAUUGGAGUUCAUGGUGACACAAGUAGUCAAAAUAGAAUGGAGAGAUAAAACAACGAGGCAGCACAAGACAUUUCAAUUUUUAUUAGAACGUUUUAAAGCAACUUACCUCCGUUAUAUAUGUCCAGAAUUUGAUGACAAUUUUUCUUUAUAUAAGCCUAAUUUAGAAUUGCCUACAAUGAGAAAGCCAACUAAUCAAAGUCAGAAUAAUUAUGUUCUUUGUAAAGUUGCACUAAUCAAAUGGAUCGCAAACUUUACUCAUGUUGCAAGAAAAGAUAGUCUUUUUACACAUCUCCCACAAAGCACAACACCCAAUGAAGAAAAUCCAGAGUCAGAGCUACGUCGCGUUUCAGUUACACAACAUUCGAGUGAUUCGAAUUUACUUUCACCUGAAUCUACACUAUCUCAACACGAUAAUCAAAAUCAAGAAGAUAACACUAUAUCAGCUGUUACUUUAGUCAGAGAAGUUCUCUAUGGAAAUAGAGAUAAUGUUAAUUUUGUUCAUGAACUUUAUAGACAAGCAUUUCUCUUAGAUUUCAGUCAUGCAGGAGCAAUAAGAAAAGCUAUAGCUGUAUAUAAGGAUUGGAUACAAAUGAAUGAAUUACCACCAUUUAUGUUAGAACCUUUGGAUGGACAUAAAGAACGAGACUAUGAUGAUAGUCUGAAAAAAGAUUCUAAUGAGACAGAUAAGAGUCCAUCCGAAAAUUUUCGUCAAACUAGAUUGAGAAAUGAUUCAUAUUUAGGUGCUAUACAUAGGGAAAAUUUGUUUAUAAGAGCAGGAUUACAAAAUGUACUCCAAGUAUUUAUUACACAAGCAUCACAUGUAUUUUUCCUUGAAUAUUCAGGUUUAAAUUCAACUGCAGCUUUAAUAGAAGAACAAACUGAUAGUUGUAAAAGAGUUUUGAAUGUUUAUCGAUAUGUUGUCAUGCAUUCAAGAUUGGAGCCUGCAACGUGGGAGCAAUUGCUCAGAGUACUUCUUCAAAUUACGUCGCUAGUACUGAGUGAAAAUUCAUCUCGUCGCAAACACCAUGAAACAAUUGGUGGCAAAUUAGCACCUGCUAUAUUUCAAACUUUGAUUGUUACUUGGAUAAAAGCCAAUUUAAAUGUAGUGAUAUCUACUCAACUUUGGGAUCAGUUUUUAGAAGUACUAUCUUCUUUGACGCAAUGGGAAGAAUUAAUUCGAGAAUGGGCAAAAACAUUGGAUACUUUAACACGAGUACUUGCAAGGCAUGUAUAUAAUUUAGAUUUAAAUGAUCUACCAUUAGAUAGAUUAAGUGAACAAAAAACAAAAAGACGUCGUGGAGUUGGAAGUCGUGCUGCGUCGAUAGGAAGUGUUCAGCCACCAUGUAAAGGAAGUAUUGAUCAAGAGAAUAAUGCUACAUCAAAAGAAAAUGUAACAGACCAUCCAUUAAGAGAUUUAAGAAAAGGACGAAUGUUACCACGCAGUGCAAGCGAUAACACUAUUUAUAAUGGAAAAGCUCGUACGAAGUUUCAUAGAAGUCGAACUCAUACUGUACAUACUGGUGUUCCUGUACUUCCCCUAUCUAUAGAGCAAGAUAUGGCACGAUUACUAUCAAGUGGUCCUACAUCAUCAAUAACUGGAAAAAUGCUACCAAACAGACGUGCUAAAUCAUUGGAUAGCAUUGUCAUAGUUGAUAGUGAACCACCAUCUCCACGUUGUCCCUCUCCAACACCAAGCAGUGGCGUUGACAGCAAUAAAGAUAGUCCAAUACAAAUAGAGAACAUUGAUGGCAGCAGUAUUGAUACAAAUGAUAUAACAGAAAGAAGAUCUGUUAUGGCAGGCGGUGGAGUACGAGGAUGGUUACCAGAUGUUGCUGUUGUAUUAUGGAGGCGAAUGUUAUCUGCUUUGGGAGAUGUAAAUAAUAUUCAAGAUCCAAUAUUACAUGGUCAAGUUAUGGAUUAUCUUGUACAAUUGACACAAACUCUUAUAAAGAUUCGCUUAAAUCAAGGUAUCUCUGGGGACAAUCAAGUAACACCUCCUGCUCCAGAACUUAUUCCACCUUUAACAGUUAUUGCUCCAUGGUGUUUUAAGGCAAUACAAUUACCAGCUCAAUAUGAAGUAGGCAAAUUAGCCGCUUAUCGCCUUAUAUGCCUCUUGACUGUUCAACCUUUGGAUAUAAAUUUACCAAAACAGCAUUUGAAUCUUUUUUAUCGUGCUGUUCAUAAUGGCAUUGCUAGCAACGAUAGUAAAGUACUCCAUGUAUUAGUCAAAUAUACUGGGCCUCGAUUAUUUAGUUUAAAUCUACCUGGUUCUAGUCUUCUUAUUUUGGAUUAUAUCCAUGCCGCUAAUGUAAUACUAAGUAGUCAAGAUGUCGAGGCACCCAGAACGGAAGCUGUCUCUAUAAUCGGUUCGCUAUUAUCAUUACCUGCAACCAUAGCUAAAUUACCUGUGCUACAACCAAAUGGAUCUGAUAUUUUAACAAUAGUAUGCCCCGAUGCAAAGGAACAUGUAGUGAAUAUUCUUCUGAGAAGUUGUAGACGCGAACCAACUGGAAUAGCAAGAUGUUUAGCCCUUUCUAGCAUAGCAAUGUUUGCGUACAGAGAAUUAUCUUGUAAAAAUCAACAUCCACGAAUUCCAGAGGCUGUUACUGUUCUUCUUCUUGCGCUUAGGCAGAUGCAAAGGAUCAAGCGGUUCAAGACUGGUUUCUAUUUUCCUUUAAUAGAUCAGGCUACACAUGUGACAGUUGCUCAGGUAGCAUGCGAUUCCCUUUUACUUUUGUGCGACAAGGCGGACACUUUAUUGGAAUUGUAUCCUAAUGUACCAUGCAAAAUCACACAUGUCCUUUCAGAGACUCUUGGUCGUAUGACUCUACGAGAAAGGCGUGGCCCAUUAACUAUAUCGAUGAUAUUUUGUUUAGGAGAAUGGGCUAUGAAUUUGGGUCCAACUGUAUUAUUACGUGUAUAUCAAGGAAAACCACUUUUAAUGACAUUAUUCACAGUUUUAGAUAACAUAGCACAAAAUAAAGGAGGAAAAGAUCCACCAAAAACAAAUAAAUGUCAUCAAGAUGAAGAUGAUGAUUUUGAUCCCGAUGUCACUUUGGAUAACUUAACAGAUGAAAUAUGUGCAAAGUCUCCUCAUCGUGGUAAUGUUCAUUCGGUUCAGCUUGCAGCAAAAAUGGUAAUGAUGCAUUUGAUUAAUCAUCUGGGUCACUUUCCAAUGGGUAUUGGUGCAGCACGUCUUUCGUCUUUAGUUGUUGAAUUGGAUGAUGUACCAGGAAUCGAAGGAGAUGAGCUAUCUUCUGCAAUCUUUCAAGCACCAAAUAUACAAUUAUUAAUGCUAUCCAAUUCAAUUAUAAUGUCCCUCGUUGAAUUAGCCGCACUUGAUGCACCCGGAGGAGGAGUUACAGCUGGCUUAACAACGGCUCCUUCUUUAGUAAGAGUAUUAUUACGAGAUUUAGCAGGGAAAGCAUCUUGGGAUAGUUCCAUUUUGUAUAGUCAACCGUUUAUUGACGAUGAAUUUCAAACACCAUUUGCAAAAUCAAUUGAUUGGGGUAUAAAAUCUCAUAAGGAAGAAUUGAAUAGUGUUAUAACGCAACAGAGUUGCGCCUCGAGACACACUAUAAGGCAUCGCGAGCCUCAUAUUUUGCCAACAUUUGCAAAUGGUGCAAGUGAUAUGGACAAUUUAGAUGAUCUUCUUCAAUAUAUAGGACAUACGAGUCCUGAAGUUUUGUGUAAUCCGGAAAUAGCAUUAAAUGCACCUGCUAAUCCACCGCAUGGAUUGUACCUUGAAAGUGAAACUAUUGCAACUAUUUUAAAUCAACGAAAUGCGGAACAAGAACAUCUUAAUAAUUGGAGUCAACAUAUUAGCAUGUGUGCGACACCAAUUAGUCCACCAUCGUGCCGUCAACCACCAGCACCGUUUCAUCACUGCCGGCUUCUAUUUUCUCAUUUGGGCCUGUCUGGUUGGGAACAACGGAGAAAGUUACAUUUGCUUACUAAAAAUGAAAAACUUCUACGUGAAUUACGAAAUCUUGAUAGUCAACGUUCUAGAGAGACACAUAAGAUCGCAGUGAUUUAUGUUAGUCAGGGACAAGAAGAUAAAAAUUCGAUAUUAAGCAAUGUAGCAGCUAGUAAGGAGUAUGAAAAUUUUGUAGCCAGGUUAGCUUGGGAAGUUGAACUUGAAUCGCAUACUGGUUUUCUUGGGGGUCUUGUGCCUGGAAAAGCAUCCGGUGUAACUGCACCUUAUUUUGCAACAUCUUUUACCGAAGUUCUCUUUCAUGUAGCAACAAGAAUGCCAUCCGAUAGUCCAGAAAGUUUAUUACAAAAGACACGACAUCUUGGCAACGAUGAAGUUCAUAUUGUUUGGUCAGAACAUUGGAGAGAUUAUCGUAGAGAUAUCAUACCGACAGAAUUUUGUGAUGUUUUAAUAGUUAUUUAUCCAUUGCACAAUAAGUUAUAUAGAAUACAAAUUUCUAGAAAGCCAGAAAUCCCAUUUUUUGGUCCAUUGUUUGAUGAAUGUAUCGUUGAAGACAAAGUUCUCCCUGGUUUAGUUAGAACCACAGCUUUGGCUGCUAGUAGAGCCAAGAGAUCAACCCUUACAUUAUAUCAACAUUAUUAUGAGGAACGGGCAAGAUCUAUCGACACAGUAAUGAGGAAUCAUAAAGAAUCUACAACUUUUGAAGAGUUCACCGCAAAUGUCUAUUCUCCGGUACAACCAGCAAGUCCAUUCAGUGGAACGUCUUCUGUAUCUGGAUCUACAACAAGCGUGCAAUCCACAGCAUCGUCAAACCUUGCAGCGGCACUUAUAGAUUCGCAUCAGGGUCGUUCUGGUCUACGCAGUACUUCGGCAACAAGCAAUGAUACUCGUGCAAAUAGAGCUUCUGAUGGAAGCAGAGUAUGGUUCAGUAAUGAUGCUCAGGAAAAUACUGCUUUGCAUGGAAUUUCACCAAGACCUGUUAAAAAGAUGUCUUUCAAAAGUGGGCCAAAGCAGAGAACAAAUACACAGCCUACACCGCCGGAUAGUCCAAGAUACAAAUAAUUCGACAUUAAUUUUUUAAGAAGAAUGUUAGCACAAUGGGGGUGGUUUAGGUAUGUCUUUUAAGUUCUAUUUUAUUGUGAUGGAAAUCUUCAAAUUAAUAUAGAUAAUAGAGAGUAAUAUAGGAUGGGUGUCUAGCAUCAGCAAAAGAAUGUUAAAGAAAUUUUUCAUAUUUAGCACAUCUAUCGGAUAUAAUGUAAAACAUAAUUACACUGAACUUGAAUAUUUUACUUCAUUGGAAUUGAACAUCUGAUUAGGUUUAACGUUUUCUGUUUUCCGUCCUUUAGGUUUAAUUUUCACAUACUGUACAGAUUAUAUUGCUUAUUUGUUGCAACAAGUAAAUAUUAAUUUAUUACGUAAUAAUUUCAUAGAAAAAGUAUAUUGUAUCAUAGAUAUAACGAUAAGUAUAUUUUCUUUAAAUAUUUAUCAGCUUAACGUUCGAGCUGAAAUAAUUGUACAGUAACUUACUCAAAUUGAUUUCAUUGACUAUUUGAAAUAAGCAAGUUAUAUAAAGUACAUGCAUAUUGA